CAUGAAAUGUCCCAGAACACCCCGACACUUCUUUUGAUCUCAUCGCUCUCUGUUUCUCUUCUUCCCCAAAAUCAAAAUUCCCACACCAAAACAUCGAUCCUAUAAACUCCAGAAGCUCCCAAAAUGGUGUGCAUACGCAAGGCAACCAUCAAUGACCUCCUGGCGAUGCAAGCCUGCAACCUCUUCUGCCUCCCUGAGAGCUACCAGAUGAAGUACUACCUCCUCCACAUCCUCUCAUGGCCGCAGCUCCUCUACGUCGCCGAAGACUACAACGGCCGCAUCGUCGGCUACGUCCUCACCAAGAUGGAGGAGGAGAGCGACGAGUGCCACGGCCACAUCACCUCCCUCGCCGUCCUUCGCACCCACCGCAAACUCGGCCUCGCCACCAAGCUCAUGAGCGCCGCCCAGAACGCCAUGGAACAGGUGUUCGCGGCGGAGUACGUGUCGCUUCACGUGAGGAAGAGCAAUCGGGCGGCAUGCAAUUUGUACACGGGAACUUUAGGGUAUAAGAUUCAUGAUGUGGAGGCGAAGUACUAUGCCGAUGGGGAAGAUGCUUAUGAUAUGAGGAAGGAGCUCAGGGGGAAGAAGGUGCAUGGACAUAGUCAUGGGCAACACCACCAUCAUCACCAUCAUGAAGGUGGGUGUUGCUCAGGGGAGGCGGUGAAACCAGAGAAGGCGGAGGCGAGGAAGGUCGAGAGAGGGAAUGCUAAGGCGGAGGCCAAAGCGGUUUGAGAGUGAGAGGUAAAUUGGGUUAUUUGGGGGGCUUUCUGUUGUUUUACUUUAUAUAUGGUUUUGAUGCUUAGCGUUUGUAUUGCAAUUUGACAAAUGCAUAUGAGGAUUCGGAAUAAGUUGUUGAUGUUUAAUACUUACUCUGCAUUAAGUGAUUUAUGUUGUAAUUUCAUGUUUAUUUUCUGUUCGUUGUGUC